CGCACUGUGUUGAAUUCCCCCCCGAGAAACCCAAAGAUUCAGUAGCAGCAGCAGCAUCACUAUAACCAGCUCAAAUACCGACAAGGCAGAUCCAUUCAGCUCGCAGAUCAGCUAAACCCGAUCCUUGCCUAUUAAACGAGUAUUCUCAGCUUCCCUUAUUAUAGAAGGCAGAGAAAACUCGGUUUUCAGAUUCCGAUCCGCAUACCCUGUUCACUUUCCUUUCUCAACUUUAUUUUGCACCCAGCACAUUCGGCCAAAAUCCAGUUCAUACUCGGCAGCAAUGGAACCAAUUAUCGAUGAUUCGCUUGGUACAGACGCGUCUGGUGGCGAUAAGCCGCGCAUCAAGAUACAGCUCUACAAGACUGAGCCAUGCCAGAACUGGGCCCUCCACGGAAUUUAUACGGCGAUCUGUGCAAAUUCGCCCACGGAAUGUGCGAGCAGAGAUCGAGGCUCAGGCAUCCAAAGUACAAGACGUCGAUGUGCAAAGACUAUCCGCUGGGAAAGUGCUCUUUUGGAGAGCGCUGCAACUUUGCGCACUCGAUGGCCGAGCUGCGCAUUACGCUCCCCAGCCAGGUCAUGCAACCAGCCCCGUCGGCGCAAGCGCGAGCCUUGAUCCAGAACCCCCUUACAGUGCUGCCCGACGGCCGUAUGCUAUCUACGUUUACGCCCGUAACUAGCGCCAGUACCGCUGUUGGUGCUGGUGCUGGAUCUCCGGCCAACGCGAAGGGCAUUUAUGUAGCACCAUCCUCGAUGGCAGUUAGGCGUGUGGCAGGCGACCUCCGGCGCAACCAGUCGAUGGGCACGCUCAGGGUUGACCGAUCGACCAAUGUACCUGGAGGCGUGGUACCGGUACUCAAUUUGAAAAAUAUUGUCAGUUCCAGCGCAUCGACAUUUGAGUGCGCCAACCCAACCAACGUGGUUGCGAGCCCGGCCUACACAGCACACCCGCAGAUGUUGCCUGGUCCUCCUUUCUGCCAGCCGCCAGCCUCUCCUGCAGACUAUGGAAAGCAACCUAUCCAUCAUCUGCAGCGUGAGCAUGCCAACGUCGCUCGCCGUGUGGCCUCCUUUUCGCAUCUUCCAACUGCGAGAUCAUCUUCUUUGCAAACUUUUUCGCCCGCAGGUCCUGUCUUUACCAGCAAUGCAAGCGGCGGCUACUUGCAGGGUUUUUUGCUGGGCGGCAACCCAUCCGGUGCCUCUACUGUUAGCCACCUUCACACAUCACCACUUGCUCAGGUCUCUCCCAGCCAGUACUCGCCUGCCCUCUCCUCGGCAUCUUACCGCGAGUACGAUGAUGUUAUUACACCCGGGCCGCAGAUGGAUUCGGGCUCUCUGAGCGGUGAGUGGAUGCGUGCACACAAUCCGCAGCAGCAGCAACAGCAGCAGUCUAUUCCGCCGCAGCAGCAGCUUCUCAAGUCAUCCCAGCGCCGGACCCUCACAUCCAGCGUCAGCAUGCAGAACUUGCCUCGUUUCAAAAUACCGACAAACUGGGAUCAGCCGCAGCCAGGAACCCUGUCUCUGUCGUCAUCGAUUCCGGAAAGUCAGUCCAGAAUCAGCUCGCAAAACUCGGCUGCCACACUCAUCGACAGCGAUGUCUGGUCUAGCUCCGCAUGCAACAGCUUUGGGUUUGACGCGGCAAGCAAACCACACGAGUCGCGCUUCUUCCCAGCGUCAUCGGUACCAGGCAACUCUGCAGCAGCAAAUCAUUUGGGCAGCUACUAUGGUGCGCGCACACACCCGCACUCGCAGUUCCAGCAGCAGCUGCGGCGCCAACAGUCGACUGACGAUUGGAUUUCGCUACGCAACGCCCACCCGUCACCGAACACAACCGUUAAUUCUGGAUUAAGUGUUGAUUUAGGACUGGGUGGUCUGGCUUCCUCCCCUGGCACACAUAUACCCGAUAACCGCCUGAAUUCCCUCGACCAGCUGCGAACCGCCACUUCUACGCGCAAGAAUUUUAACAACCUUUCUUAUAACUCCACCCUGUGCCUUUAGCACGCGCACUCUAAUGGUUAAUUUUUUUGACUCACUUCUUUUCGCUAUUUUUAACUACCUAAUUUUUAUUUACAUCCACUGUCCUUGCCUUGCAGCAUAUGAAAAUUUCAACUUUAAAAAAGAACGAUAGACUAU